AUGGCGCUCAACGCUGUUCACAUCCGUGCCCGUGAUCGAUUUUCUGGGGAUGAUCAGUCGGAGGAUGCUGGCUGGCACCCAAAGCUACGUCAAGAUGCGGAUCUUUUCACCACAGCUGAGAGACGAUCGCCAUCUCCACCUCGAAGCGUACAUAGACCAGGCUUGGGAAGCUCUUCGACAGCCUCGGCCCUCCAAAGUCAAGACACACGUGAAUGGCAUUCCCUUCGUACGGGCGGGCCGCGUCCCAUGAAGGCACUUCGUAUGAGUCGCCGCUUCGUGAAAGCUACGCAUCUGAGUGAUCCGUCACUACGGACCACCACGAUCCCAUCCACAGUACGGCCUGAACCAGACUCAACCAAAGACUUGCAAGGAUCAAUCGCGUUGGAAACAGCAAAGUCCGCUCCCGAUGCACCAGACUCCACUCUUGCCGAGCUCUAUUCGCGGCUCACACAGGAUAUGCCUUCGCCAGUCUCGAAGCGUACCGUUUACGAGUCGUCAUCGUCCAGCAGUCACACACUCCCGAGCACUGACAGUGUGCGCGAGUCUCAUGCUCGCAAGUCUGUCCAAGUCCACCAGCGCGCCCAUCGACGCCGUCAUCAAGCGGAUGCACUCCAUCGCCCAGAAUGGUUCAUAUCGAAAGCAUUCACCCAAAUGCAAUAUUCUCAGAGGGCAUCCUUGACCGAGGAACGUGGACACUUCGGUUCGACGCACCAAGCCGUUUCCGCGCCAAGCGCGGAAGCCGACGUUCCAUCUUCCGAAGCGCAGCAGAGCCGACGCUGCUCCCGAUGCGGGGAUGUCCUACCUGCGAAUGCAACACAAGAAUACAUGGCAAAGCAUCGCCAGAGCAUUGGGCACCGCCUCGGCCUCAAUGCCCCAGUCUCUUCGGCAUCCGCGUCUGAAGCACCCUCUCCCGCUCCAUCGCGGCCUGCAACACCUAUGCCUCGCUCUGGAUCCCCCGGUACAGCAUCCCUCCCAUCGCUUGAUACCGACAUGCAAGCUCUUCCUUUGCCCUCCGACAAGCCACGUCGAAGGCUCAGCAACGCACCCAGGUGGAAGAAGAUUGCUCGCGACAACGUCGGUCACAAUCUGCUGUCACGCAUGGGCUGGAAGGAAGGAAUGGGUCUCGGUGUGCAGGAGUGGAAAUGGCGGCAACUUUGUCGUGACAAGGUCAAACGGCAACGCUCAAAUGCUGUGCGGGCCCUACUUUUGCGUCGCGCCUCUGGGAAUGCGGGGCAUCCUCAUGUCGUCGAGCAGCCUAUCCAUCCAGUGAUCACUACCGUUGCAUCCGCUCAGAGCGAAGGCGCGAUCACAUCGGAAGCAGGUCCGACGGGCGCACACGAAGAACCCGCGUGGCUGCAAGAACUUCUGCAGCAGCCGAAUGCGGCUGCGUCAAGCGAUCCAGUCCCGUUACAAGCAGCUUUCCCGUUCCAGCUCGAGUCGCCAAACCUCGACAAGCAACGUGAGGCAGCCCAAACGUGGCUUUCGAAUCCCGCUCAGCCCGAUGUCGAAUGGUUCCACAGUCUAGCCGGGGAAGACAGAGCUUUGCUGGAGCAAGCACUGCUGUCAGGGCAACUCACCCUCCAGGACGUUCAGGACGCGCUUUGGAUGGAUCGCGACGAACAUGAAAUCGAACUUGCUACCUCGGAGCAGUCAAGCUCAGCAACGGCGCUGAAUAGUGUCGCUGCCGAUCCUCACAACGACGCCAUGCGCUCGCACGUUCUUCUGUAUCCUGUCGAGGUCGAGCUGCGAAGCGACCGUCGAGGAAUUGGACUGAAGCGAUCCAAUACCGACAGAGAAUCAAGCGUCAGUCAACGAAGGCGUUCGAGAAGCGCCGAAGGUAGCAUCGAGAUCCGCCGACCUGGCUCACCACCUACAGAUGUGCUCGAUGGUCAUCACAAAAGGCCGCGACCAACGUCCAUCAGUCGACCGUUCAAGUCUCGCAGCCGCUCUCGAUCGCGCUCGGGCACGGGAAGGGGCACCAGCGAAGGCAGACAUUCGGACCUCACCAGAAGGCAGCGCGAAUCAGGGUAUCAGCAGGAAAUGCGCGACUGGCUCAAUCUGCGCGCCUCACUCUCUUGA